CUAUCUGCGGCUUCCGGCUUGUUGCUUCCCUCCAACUUCGUGCCAAUGGCGUCCGGUGGCCAUGAGCGGGCCACUGAGGAUUACGGAGUCUCCGGCAUUACGGGAUGCAGCAAGACUCCUCAGCCUGAGACUCGGGACAGCUUGCAGACUCCCUCACAAAGCACAGCUCUCUGCACAGCUCCUGUGGCUGCUGCGAACUGGGGCCCCAGUCUUCGGAGAAACGUGGUCAGCGAGAGAGAACGCAGGAGGCGGAUCUCGUUGAGCUGUGAGCGCUUGCGGGCUCUACUGCCUCAGUUUGAUGGCCGGCGGGAGGACAUGGCAACUGUCCUGGAGAUGACUGUGUACUUCCUCCAGCUUGCCCACAGCAUGGACCCUAGCUGGGAGCAAGUCUCUGUUCCUCAGCCUUCCCAGGAGAUGUGGCACAUGUGGCAGGGUGAUGUUCUGCAGGUAACCCUGGCGAAUCAGGUCGCAGAGAGCAAGCCAGACUCCGGGACAGCAAAAGCACCUGCUGUGGCUCGGGUACAGGACCCCCCGGGCUGUGGGAUGCUGGAUACAGACCAGAGCCAAGCUGCUGAGAGAGUGUCAGAGCUGCUGGAGAGACCUUCCUCCUGCCCUGGUACUCGCCAGAGCGCAUUGUCAUUCGGUGAACCAGAGUCUUCUAGCUUGGGUCCUGGACUCCCACCCUGGUUCCCUCCCUCAUGGCAGCCAGCCACUCCUGAGGCAAGUGACAUUGUUCCUGGUGGGUCACACCAGGUGGCAUCCCUGGCCGGAGACACUGAAUCUUCGGGCAUGCUGGCUGAGGAGGCCAACUUGGUCUUGUCAUCUGUGCCUGAUGCCAGGUACACCACGGGGGCAGGGUCCGAAGUGGUGGAUGGAGCAUCCUUUCUGAUGACCACCAAUCCUGAUUGGUGGAUGGGGUCGGUGGAGGGUAGAGGAUGCCCAGCCCUUGCCAGGAGCAGCCCAGUGGAUGGGGCAGAGCCAAGCUUCAUCGGAGACCCUGAGCUUUGCUCCCAGGAGCUCCAGGCUGGUCCUGGGGAGCUGUGGGGCUUGGAUUUUGGCAGCCCUGGCCUGGCCCUGAAGGACGAAGCAGACAGCAUCUUCCCCGACUUUUUCCCCUGAUAGCUGAGUCCCCCAUAGUUCAGUUUGCUGGGGAGCUGUCCCGUGCCUGGGUGUGGUAUACUGGGUUUGGUUUGCAGCUGCAGCCUAAUUUGAGGGAGGCUGGCAGGGCUGAGUGGAGUUUGUAUUAAAGAGGAAAGUGGUUUUCCUGGCAGAA